GGCGCUGGUACUGCGCCCGACUAGCAACCUCAAGACCCAAGCAAUCCUAUCACAACUCGACGCGACAACCUGUUGAUCUUCCUUACAUAACCACAUUAUUGUGAUCAUUUUAGGUCACCUUUUGAGCUUUGUCUGAUCCGAAAGCUACAUCCCAGAGGUCUCAACAAUGGCGUCCCGUAGGAAGGUUUUAUUGAAGGUCAUCAUCUUGGGCGACAGCGGUGUUGGAAAGACGAGUUUGAUGAAUCAAUAUGUCAACAAAAAAUUCAGCGCAAGCUACAAGGCUACAAUUGGAGCGGACUUCCUCACCAAGGAAGUUCUUGUGGAUGAUCGACUCGUUACGAUGCAGCUUUGGGAUACUGCCGGCCAGGAGCGAUUCCAGUCACUUGGCGUAGCAUUCUACCGAGGCGCAGACUGCUGCGUGCUUGUUUACGACGUUAAUAAUUCAAAGAGCUUUGAUGCGCUGGAUAGCUGGAGGGACGAAUUUCUUAUUCAAGCCAGCCCGCGGGAUCCAGAAAGCUUCCCUUUUGUCGUGCUUGGAAAUAAGAUCGACGUGGAGGAAAACAAACGGAUGAUCUCUUCGAAGCGUGCCAUGACCUUCUGUCAAUCUAAGGGCGGCAUUCCCUAUUUUGAGACGAGUGCAAAGGAGGCAGUCAAUGUAGAGCAGGCCUUUGAAGUUAUUGCAAGACAGGCUCUAGCUCAAGAGGAGUCGGAAGAGUACAAUGGCGACUACGGCGACCCGAUACCCUUGGACAACUUCAACGAACCGGGCGGCUGUGCCUGUUAACGAAGAUACCACUAUAAUUGUAUUAACACCUUCUUUCCUUCUGGCUCGAUUCAGAGAUGUCGAGUCAAGACUGGGCGAAUAGAUCUGUUCAAAUCAAGCCAGAAACGUCGUUGCCUGUUCCACACUGUUCAUUGCACAUGCCUGUAAUCGUUACACAUCAUUGUCUGUCUACUAUCGUUUGCUCUUUCAGCGCCGCAGAAUUGCAGAAUUACUAAUUGAGGAGAAUAUAAGCUAUCGAAUAUGGCCAAUGUUGUACAUAUAACACACGCUUUGACAUAGAUUACGAUCAGCUUACGUGCCCUCGUAAACAUCUUUUAAUGUGUUGACUCAUUUGUUUAUUAUUACUGUUGGAAUCUCAGACGUCUUAUCUUGCGCGGGU